GUCUUGGAAACUGGUUUCCAAAAGACGGAAGAAAAAAAAAUGUGCAAAGAACUUGACUUUGACGAGUCGUGAGACCAGCAGGAUCCGUGCAUCCGCUGACACGCGUGGAACCUUCGAAUAUAUAUACUGUAUAGAAGUCGCCAGCCCAGGUUAUAAUUUCUAAUAUGGUUUUGAGGUAGUUGGUUAAUUCACCGCCGCAAUCGCCACCAUCUCUAGGGCAUCGACUUGUGGUGGUCCCUAGCGGACAAGAGUCCAACUCUUCAAACACCCCUUACCCCUCCUGCUGAACGACGUUGAGCUGCAGUGAAUGGUUGAUGAGGGGUGCAGGGGAAUGACAGCAGGCGACAGCGCUGCGCUCUAACGUGUAAAUAACAACUAAGACGAUACAGGGCGUUACGGCAGCGCACUGCAGCGGUGAAGUUCCCAAGCUGCUCAUCAUUAGCUUCUGAAAAACGUAGAGUAAAUCCUAUCCACUCGCGACUUCUAUACAGUAUAUGUAUUCAAAGGUGGAACGCAGAACAACAGAGCGUGUCUUCUUCUUCCUCGCCCCCCGCGGACCCUCAUCAAGCAACUCCCAAGGUUGACAUCCACGGCAAGCGAGCCGGUGAGAAGAACGAGUCCCCAAAGUCACUCGCCGAUACACAUCUCCACGGACUCUCCCCCCCAAGGAUGCAAUUUCCGCAAGGGGCAUCUUCUCCGCCGUCGCACGAAAAAAAAGCGGAGGACUCUAUAAAAGCGGCGAACCUGCGUAGUCUGACGGCCGCUCUUGGACUCUGUCGUCGCCGGGGGGACACGCGAGACUGUUGAGGGACAGAACUUGAUGCACAUCUUAGGCUUCCCUUGCUUCUCACAUCUGUGGUUCGGAGCGAUGGAGACCGCCGCGCGCGCCAUCUCGCUGCUGUGCCUGGCGGCGCUGGCCGCGACCGCAGCGCCUCCGGCGGAGCGCAAGUACACCACGAGGUACGACGGCGUCGACGUGGACGCCAUCUUGAAGAACGAGCGGCUGUACCGCAGCUACGUGGACUGCAUCGUGGCGCAGGAGGGGGCGAAGGUCCGCUGCACCAAGGACGCCAUAGCCCUCCGAAGCCGGAUCCCGGACGCACUGGCCAGCGACUGCGCCAAGUGCAGCGAGAGACAGCGCGAGGAGACCAGGAAGGUGGUGGCAUUCGUGCGCAAGAAUCACCCCGAGGACUGGAGCGCGCUGGUGCGCAGGUUCGAUCCGACGGGAGUGUACUCCGAGAAGCACGGCGACCGGCUCAAGCACGCCGCCUAGAGUACAGUCUGGUCGGCGCGACCAGGCGGCAGCUGCCGUCUUCCGUCCUUCACCUUGUUCACGCUUACAGCUCCUCCUUUUUUUUUCCAUCAAAGAAAUUAAACCAACGGAAAAUACACUGUGAAAAUAAAGUGAAAUGUUCUUCAUUAAAAUGUACUACCCAUCACAUUAUGUUACGUAAACAUAUUUUUUUUCUCGUAUUUUAAUAACGUAUUUUUAUUUUUUGUGCUCUUAGACAUAUAAAAAAAAAAUCAAGCAAUAACCAAAGUUUGAAAUUUAAUUUUCAUGGUAGACAUGAAAACUUUUAUUAAAAGAUUUUUUUUUAAAUAAUUAUUUUCGGGAUACUGCGUUUUUAUUUUUUCUGGGGGAUUUUAUAAUUACCAAUAAGGGGAGGGGAGUCUUUGGUGAAGUUACUCUCGCAAAUUAUUAGGGCCUUGAAAAAAGUUUAAUGGCCAUCUCUGUUGGUGGAUACCAGAAGAAUUCGCGGUUUCAAUUUUUCGCGAUGAGUGUAGUACCUACUCUGGACGAAUAAGAAACACUCAACCAAAAAAGUAUCGAAUCACGAUCAACCCAUUUCAGACGUCUCCCAGGUAAAAAAAAAAAAAGCCAACGAACGGUUGACAUUAACCUGGACUGGGACCUAUCCUAUGUGUCAUUGAAUGUGCAAUUUUUUUCCAGUCCCUAGUAAUUGAAACGCACUUAGAGUACCUGAAAAUUUUCGCAUUAUUCUAUGGUACUUACCAGGACCAACUCAGAGCACUUUAUGCAAAUAAGUCGCUGUCCAUUGUCCAUUGGCUGUUGCCAAUUUGUAGGUCACCUACCGGCCGGGUUGCCUGUUGUUUGGGUCUUUUGAAUUUUGUAAUGUAGUUUUCGGUCCUUCCGAUCAUUAAAAACUCAUAUUUUCCAGCGAGAACGCAAUUUGAGAGUAUAAUCAAAUACCCUCAGGACUAACACCGAUAUCUCUAUUCUGACAACACAGGCGAAAGUGUGAAAAAUAACCUAGCUGCAUGAGGUGUUGACUACCGAUUUUUUUCUUGAAUAAAUUGUUAAAUUAUGUUUUAUUUUAUAUGGUGUCAAACAUAAUAAACUUCUUUCUAAGAAAUUUGAA